CCGUUGCAUCUACAGGUGAAAUUUGACGUAUAAGUUUCGUCGUGGAAUUUGUAACUCUACCGAGUAAACGAGUGUGCGUGUGAGAAAGAGAGAGAGCGUACGCGGUAACGUUCCGUGCGUAUGAGAGAGAACAACCAGAGGUGGAGGUCUCGCGGUCGUAACGUAACGUCGCGAGCGUGCGUGGCUCUUCCGAUGGGGAGAUAACGACACGCGGCGGGGACCGGCGCGGCGCGACGCGAACGGAGCGUGCAAGACGUGUCACGUCCACGCGGCCGCGUCGUAUGUGCUUUCUCGGCCUCCGCGGGACUCGCGCGCUCGCGUCGCCGCUAUCGAUCACGUCGGCGCGCCGCGCUGCGACACACGACGCUUGAUCGCGAGCGAGCUGUAGCGAGCCGGAGCGAGCCGGAGCGAGCUGUGGAGCGAGCGGUCGACGCGAGCGUAUCCGACCCGUCCUGUGUGUACCACGUGAUCGUGGUUUACAAACGGCCGUUGUGACAAACCCGACCAACUGUCCGAGAGCGUGCUCGCGCGCGCGCUGUAUACAUACACACAUACGUGGAGUUGACGCGCGACGCCUCUGCGGGACGCACUCGUGGUGCUGCGUUACAUUCCACUGUAAUUAUAUGUGCAUUCAUGAGGAAUAUGGGUGACAAUAUGGUAGCUUUAUGGGAUAUCGUCCUCGCAAUUAAGAAAUGAAAAUAUGAAGAGUAGUGACCAGAAGGAGGGAUCCGUCGACAAAAAGAGAUAUGUUUUCUUCUCGGAUCCAGAUGUUAUCGCCAAACGCGCCGAGACUUCUGCCGUUGCAGCACAGAUUACGCGACAACUCGGGGCGCAACGGAAGAUUUUCGAGGAACAGCCAGCUGACUCGCGAGUGCCCGCGAUCGGCGUCAGGAGCUUAGAAAAUUUGCUAUCCUAUUAUCCUGUACAGCCGUAUCCCUUUACGUUUAUUAGCGCAGUGAAACAGAAGCUCGCUUUGGAAGACCGUAUUGACGUUGGCGCCAGAGCACAUGACUCGAGCUCACCGGGAAAGAACAGUUUGACCACUUCGGUACUGAAGGUGGCUAGUAUGCAAAGUCUGAAUACGCGGAAUCAGAUUGUACAAAAGAUGGACUUCAUCAAACCGCUGAAAGUACCAGACCUGAAAAUCUCCCCCAAAACACUGGAUUUUUCCAGCAGAGAAAAUUCUAUUUCGAAGGAGCUGUCCUCGACCAAGUCCGAAGUAGCCGCAAAGGAAUUUGCGCACGACAGAUCCGAGGGUUUGAGGACUGGCGAGAGGGUACAGAGAAAAUUGGACUUCUCCUCGGACGGGUCGUCGUUCAUCAAUUGCGAAAGCAUAGAGCCGUUGAAAGCACCAAAUGUCUCCAUAGCGUCUAAUUUAAGUAAGAAGAAGGAACACGUUAGAGACAGCUCCAGGGAAAAGGAGAACAGAUCGAAGAGGAUGAAAAAGGAUGAUUCUUCGUGUGCGAAGAGGGACGAGUGUGCGCAAGAUCAAGUGAAACGCAGCCGGAGUCCGAGACGCGUCUCCCGAAAAGAUGCCAGCGAUAUAGGUAACGUAAAAUUGCCGAAGAACGAGAGACCAUUCCAUGCUGCAAAAAGCAGCGACUUCUCGUCGGCGAAGUCAAAAGACAAGAGUACUGUGGCGUCCAUUGCUAAAAAGGAUGACAAACGACAGAGAUCCUUCAACGUGCAAUCGGUGGAAUUAACGAAAGACAAUCCUCUGGAGCCCAAGAUUAGAAUAUCUAAUGAACCGUCGUUUUUCCCACUUUGGAAGGUGCUGGAUAAAGUUACGAUGAGAGAUAACAUGGGCGUUUUAUCUAGCACUGAAAAUAAAUCUAAAGACGCGAGCCAUUAUUUUUUAAAGCAAAAGUCGGAGAUGGAAGACUCGAAACAUAAACCUGAUUCGGAUAGUAGACAAUUGAAGCAAGACAAGUUAAAUACCAUCUACAAGGAGCAAACGAAGAGAGCGUCUGACAAGAAUAAAAUGUUGAAUAGCAAAGUUGAAGAUAAGCUGAACAGCGUCGAUUCCGAGCCGUCGGAAGACAUUGAGUUUAUGUCUGAAUCAAACAGUUCCAGGAGUCGUAUCAGUGCUUAUCCCGCAAGUUCCACGCAGUCGUCAAAAGGUAAGGAUCUCGAGACGGCUAUGGAGGGCAAACAAAACGUUAGUUCCGCCAGAUCGACCAAAACUUCGGAGAAUUUCAAAUAUACGGAACAUUCCGUGGCGCAGUCCGCGAGCACAAGCGUUAAAAAGGACGAGGAGUCGAGUUCCCAGAGCAUCGUUACGGCUAAAGAAACUACCAUGCACGAUAAUUCAAAUGAUGUGGACGACAGUACACUGCCAGAUGCAUUGUUUGACCCUAGGAGAAUCUCCUUCAGAGACGGCUAUUGCCAGCCAGAAUUUUAUAAUUUAAUGACGCCGGAAAAAAUGAAUCUUAUGCUCAGAUCGAAGCGAAGAAGGCACUUGGUGCAGAGCAGCGAUUCGGAAGUAGACGCGAGAUGCCCGAAGUACAAGCCGACGGUAAAAUCGGAAAAGGAGCAGGAGGAGAUACAAUUGAUGCACCCAACAGCUUUGCAUAUGCAAUUUCAGGCGGAACUGCAUCUUUACGAUUCUUACAACGAGUCCCUCCGACAGGUAAUGGACGUUGAAAAGUGUCUGCACAACGCCAAGUGCGAGGUGCAAGAGCAAAAGAAUACGCAGAAAGUCGAUGGAAAGGACGAAAAGGAGGUCGAGGAAAUUGCGGAGGACUGUGCAGCUGCUGCGAUCGAUGACGAUGCCGUUGAGAAAACAACAUGGAAUCCAGCUGAUUAUAUGAAAAAGGACAUUGCCGAGCCUCGGAAAUCGAGCGACGAAGCGCACUUCAGUAGAGAGCAUUAUAUUCCAACCCAGGGCAGCGACGAAGCCAAUUAUGGAUUUAAUUAUGGAAAGUUUAACAAAGUGGUGGUCAAAGUGGCGGAGGUGCAAACGCAGACGGUGAACGACAUAGCCACCCAGACGGACAUAUCCGCGGACGAGCGGAACGCGAAAAAUAGAUUAUCGGAAAACGCGUACGAAAUCUUGAGGGAAAACGAGAUUCCCCAGCUGUCCUUAGAUUCGGCCGAACAGUUCGAAGAUCUGGACCAAAUAGAAGAGAUAUCACUGCCAAGUAGAAUAAGGACCAUGUCGGAGAUUAGUUUGCACGAAACUACGUCGUCGAUAAAAACGGAAACCGGGACUGAGAUUAGUAUUUCGACUCGAGGUAUGACGUGCUCGUACAUAGAUUCAGAGAUAGCACGACUGUUGAGGGACGAGAAUCAAUUGAGCCAUCAGAUAAAAGAGUUUUUAAAAUCUCAGGAGAAAACGUUAAAUGACAAAACCAGGAAAUUGGUCGAGCUGGAAGAGCAAAAACGCGCACUGAAGGAUACCGGACAAGACAGCCGUUCUGUGAAAAAGAAGCAGAGAGCUCUGCUUCUAAAACUGGAAGAGGAGAAGAAAGAAAUUAAAAGAUUAAAACGUUUGUGCGAGGUUACGAGCCAGGAACGAAAGGAUGUGUUGCAAAAGCAGAGAGAAAUGUUUAAUCAGCAGAUGUCAACGAAGACGAAUAUCCUGUCGAAAUUGAAGAAGACCGCGGACAGUCAGUCGCCGAGAAGAUUGUCGGGUCCAAUGAAGGGUUACGAUAUACGCAGCAAUAGCUCUGUAAGCUCCUUAAUCGAAUCGGACAAAUCUCAGCACGAUCGGUCUCAGAUCGACGCACGCUUGCAGGCGUCCGAGAGCGACGCGUCCAAAUUUAACUGGUUCAAGUCCAACAGGUUGAUAAGUCUGGCCGCAGAAAACAAUACGUUUGCGGCGAGAUUCGACGAUUUGGAUAAGAGUAAGGAACAGGAGAAGAGUCCCACGCAGUUGCUGAGGAAGAGCGAUAUGUCGAAAUACGAGCUGCGGUCUCGAAAGUACGAGGAAAAGAUGCCCAGGGCGGAUGUCUUGCGGCAGAAGCAAAAUCAGCUGCACAUGGAGUCCAAGUGGAUUCAGGGCCAUCCUAUGAAGAUAAAUAUGCGGCUCUUGGAAAAUCAGGAUCAGAUCAGGCUGUCACCGAGACCGGAGGUGGACACGUCGGUGCCGAUAAAAUCCGAAUCUGAUGCACUAGGAGUGGAGGAGCUGUCGAUGGAGGUGCUGUCUAAAAGAUCACGAACGUCGCAAGUAACGGAUCCUUCCGUACAAACCGCGACCGCCGCGAAAGAGAAAGAGUCGACUUCUAACGCCGCCGAGAGCGAAUCCAUAAAGGAGGAGAUAAGCGCGACGGUCCAAGACACCCUUUCAAAGAUGACGCAGUCACAAAUCUCCGAAAUAACGCAGACGAGCACGAGUAAAACCUCGAAGAAGAUUGACAAGUCUACCGCGAGCGACGUAUCUAAAAAGUUGCAGCACAACGCCGAGCUGAAAACGAGCUCGAAGCGGAAAAAUUCCAAGUAUCAGAAAACGAAAUCGUCCUCCAGUAUAUCGACGGAGAAUGUAUUGCGGUCCAAGUCGAGCUCCCACAUAUCGGAGGAGCUUAUUAAGCAUCACGACAAACGAACGAAAGUGGAAAACGAAUUGCUGCAGUUAGACAACAACGAGGAGAGUUCGAUCUUGGGCGAGUUAGAUGUUAACGAGAGCCAAGCCUCGCUUCAGGCGCUCGUUAAGCAUUCCAAGACUGCCAAGGACAAAAACUCCAAGUUAUCGAGCGAGAUAGCAAGCAAGAGCAAGGAGAACGGGUCCGCUCAGACUUCGAGCAGAAAAUUUGAGGCUCAAGGUCUUUCCAGGAACGAACGAGACGACCGAAACGCAUCCACGUCUCUGAUCAGCACCUUUGCCGUUUCCCAUCACAGCUCCGAAGAAAGUGAGAAAAAUCUCUCGAGAUCCGUGGUCCUCAGGUCGCAGGACAGAGAAUUGGAACAGUUUCUCAACGCACGCGAAACGGCAAUUGCAUCGCGCAAGAACUGCGUCGAGGAGUGGAUGGCGUGGCACGCGAGGCUGCGGGCGGAGGAGGACCGCGUCACUCAUAUGGAGCAGGCGGCGUUCAAGCUCGUUGCGGCAGCGUCGAAUGUUUUGUCUCAGCAAGGCGGCGAGAGACGUCUGUGCUCUUUUAUAGAUACCACCGUGUCGUCCGACACGAGCGACGUCGAAGGAAGGAUAGGCCUUCUCACUGAGAAAUUAGCGGAGCGGCGUCUCGAAAUGGCGCGUCUAAAGAGAGAGGCCAAGAAGCAAGCGAAGAAACAGUUACGUGCUCUGGAGGCAAACCUGCUGAAUCAAAUCAAGAAGUACGACACGACCAUCCACGAGAUGCGCAAGAAGCUGGAAUCGAAGAAAGUUGUUAAAGAGUCCGACAAGUUAGCUAUAGAGCCAAAGUCGUUGGCCGACUUCAAAGUACCUGAAAUACCGCUUAAGAGGAUACAGGACAUUUACAAGAGCAGCGAUUUAUUGAGAUCCAGAUCGGAAUCGGAUCUCCUGCUGACGAGGAAUCAGCAGAAAGAUUUCCUGAAGCCCGCGACGCACGUGGCGUACGACGACAAGCGCGAGAGUGACAGUCCUCAGAAGUCUACGAGAUCCCCGGAUGUCAAGGGCGCGAACGCUCUCGCAUUAAAGAGCACUACAGAUCCCAGUAUUUUGUGCGAUUACACGUCGACGGAGGCGUACGAUAAGAUUCAAACUGUGCCUUCGGCGUCGUCGACUUCGAACGACACGCGGUCUGGAAAAUAUUCUCUUUCCGCGGAAAGACAAAUCGAAGAGUCUACUACCGCCGACGUGGAACAAAUUAGCGUGUCGCACGACGAAAAUGCUAGAACGGAUCUCAGUACUGUGCGAUCGGAACUGGAAGUGCGAACGACGUCGGACGCGAGAUUCGUAGAUCGCAGUAUUAUCAACACCGAGUCGGCGGAUGGUAGAUUAACCACCAAUGUCGAUCAAUCUCAGCCAAAGACUCCCACGAUACUGUCCGAGAUUCCGGAAAUAGGUAGCGUCGAAUACUCCAAGUCUGUCCCGAGCGGAUCCGCGCGUUCUGCGGAAAAUGUUGCGCGUGUCGCUGAUUCCAGUAUACUCACCUAUUCGAGAAAGUUGGAUUUUCUGCAGCUAAACAAUAAGAACUUGAGCGAGGAUAUAAGUUCCAUCGAGAAGGACAUUAAGGCGCUUUCGGAGAUAAUGUCGCGCUUAAGUAAUGAAUCGAAUGACAAGUCUAGGGCGAAUCUCGAUGAAAGGAACACGUCGCAGGAUAUAUCGGAGAUAAUAUCCAAGUCGGUUUUGAGCGACCAAAUAAUUGAUAUUGAAAACGAAGAGCGGCGAGCAACGUUGUCCGAGAAGGAGGUCGACACCGAGUCGCCUUCCUUGGUGAACAAUAGAAAAUCAAUAUCUUCCGAUGAUUUCAGCCAUGACAAAUACGUAUCGGAAAGACUAAGUGGCGAAUCGGCAAUAAUCCCGGAAGAAGCUCCUACCAUCUCCAAUUUGCCCCGCGAAAUCGAUUACGAAGCCAAGAGUCGAGAGAUUAUGAACGAGAUCGAGAAGUCUGUACUGUCGCAGCAUAUUAAGAUUGCGAGCGGCGAUCACACUUCAGUGUUAGAAACUGGAAAUGAGGAGUUGCUCAACGAUCUGGUCUCCGAGCUCGAUAUGAAAUCGAUUUCCGAGAUUCUCUCCAAAGUGUCAGAGAGCAAAAAGAGUCUAGAUCUCGCGAAGAGCACGGCGACCCAAAUUGUCGACGACUCGAAGAAAGGGAUAAACGAACAAAGCGAUUUAAAUGAAACGAUACUCGAGAAGGACUUCGUUAAAGCUCAAACGGAAGAAGCGUAUUCUCUGAAACUUGCCGAGCGUUUCAACAAUACGUCGGUGCAAUCUCCCAUCAUCUCCGGUCACCGUUCGAAGGAAACGCUGUCGCAAGGCAACUCGCGAGGUGGUUCGGCCUCAAGUCAGAGUCCGCGCGUGUUCGCCGCUGAAGAUUUGAAACCGUCGAGAGAUAUUCCCGAGGCAGAGGCCAGAAUCGGUCCCGCCGAUGACGCGGAGAUACCAGGACCGGAGGACCUCGAGGAAGAUAUUCGUACGGAGGCACUCGACGGUACCGUGGACUCGCCGGCGCUCGCGUCUCGCACCGAUCGAGAUCGGUCGCGCGCGGCCAGCGCGAGAAACAUUUCCCAGGACAAGGACGACUGGACGACGUCCGACUCGUUCGAAGUACCGCAAGAUGGGAUUAGCGUUGGGGCACGUGAAGAAUUGGAGAAUUCGAGGUUGGACGACACCGCGAAUAAUUUCUCGGAAAAGGCCGCGUCGCGCCUCGACGACGUGACGGAUCGAGAAGCCGAGAGCAAUUUAAUAAGCGACGCUGACGCGUCGGCCUUUCUUCCAAAAGGGGAGUCUACCAACGUGCAGGACGUUACGUUCGACGACGCGGUGGCACAAUCUGAAGUGAAAAGCAACGACGAGCUCGACGAUAUCUUGGCUAUAAUCGCCAGGGAAAAUGACGAGGAGAAGAGCGCUCCUGGGGGUGAAAAGCUUGAUGUGAUCUCCGAUUCCAUGACCGAAUUGUUAGACAGAGUUAAGGAUAUUGUGGAAAAUGAUGGGGGGAAUGUGGAUCAUUUUAAAGGACUCUUAUGUGACGUGGACAUCAGCAUGGAUGAUCGAAUCGAUCCAGUUUUAGACCCCUCGAUAUUGAGUAAAGCGCAAGGCGAGGUAAACGCGGAAGAGGAAAGUAAUAUGGUCUCUGUGGACGCUCGCAAGGAUGACGAAGCCAGCCAACGCGAAGAAAUAAUAGAUACGUCGUCGCGAACAGUCGGCGAUGAAUCUGCCGUAAAUGUAAACCUGUACGUGGAGCUCGGCGACGAGGAGAGUCCGAGCGAGGCGCCGGAGGUACAGGAGAUUAUAAUAACGGAGCUGGAUUCGAGCAGCGCCGAGGACAACGCGUUGUCCGAGCUUGAGAUUGACGCGAGAGUCGAGCUGGCCGAGGGAGAAGAAUCUGCCGCGCGCGACGCGAAGGGAAACGAGGGCGCGGUGCCUGUCGAGGUGAAGGAAUGUCUGGAAUCGAUCUCGGAGCGAGACAGUUCGGAUGGCGAGCAGCUGGACAACCUUGUGGAGGUCGCCGUGAGCGGAUUGGACACAGUAGAGAAGACUGUCGCGUCCUCGCGCGACUCUCCCAGGCCGGUGUUGGACGAUGCGACGUCCACGGCGCAGACUGGCCGAGCUGAGGGAGAGACGGCGGACGACAUCGCCGUGGAGAGUGACAAAGUCGCGGGGUCGGAGACUAUCAACAAGACGUUCGACGUGCUGAAAGAUCCGGAAUACGAGGACAUCUCCGAGGAGAGCCUCGAGGUGUCCGAGAUUCUGGACAGGGACGACCUUCCAAGGGCGAAGAAGCUGCCGAGCUUGCCGGAGAGGUAUCAAACCACCCAAAAGUCGGAAGACGUGCUGAGAAUACUGGACGAGAUCUCGCAGAAGUCGUCGCUCGACUCCGCGAGCGACUCACGGGCCAACGAGAGGAGCGCUCGGAGCGCGACGGAGGAGAUCGGCGAGGUCCCGGGCGCAGAGGAUUCCGCACGUCGAACGACGAGCAAGCUUGAAGAAGAGUCCUACGAAGUGGACGGAUCGAAGGGUCCACUCCUGGAAGAGGUAAACUCGCAGGACAAACGGUCGGCCAGCGACGCGGACGGCUUAUCGGAGAGGAAACUGUCUCCUCUGAGGCUGGACGAGGACGACAAGUCCUCUCGGAUAAUAGAUGAGCUGCGCGAGAGGGUCUCGCAGCUGCAGGAGCAGAAUGGCUCGUCCGAGUCCAGCGAGGCCGGCGACACUCCACGGGGCGUGUCCGAGAUCGAGAUGGACUCGCCGAGAGACUUCAACGACUCGAGGCUGGACAUCGACAUCCUGGACGACGAUCUGCUGAGCGGCACCAAGGCGGCGAACCGGAGCACCGACAUGGAGACCAAUUUCCAUUCCGCGUCCAUCGUCGCCUCACCCGACAAGGACAUCGAGGCUAUGAUCUACGAGUUAAAAGCUUCGCUGGGACAGCCUGGUCAGGACCUCGCCGAACUGGAAGCUAAGCUGCUUCGAAUCGAGCAACUGCAGAUCGAGUUGGAGAUCAAGAAACUGGAAGCGGAGGAAGUGUCUUACUACGUGAGAGAGAUACCGAACAAGCCGCCGCCUCCUUACACCCCGCCUGGAGAUGGCCGGCUGUCGGCUUCGCUCGGUUCGCCCUCGUUGAUCACCGCCGUAAUCCCGUCGAACGUCGAGGAACUGACGUCGUUCACUGAGAAGGCCACGACCUUGAUAUACAAUGCCAAGCUGGCCGGCGAGGACAUCGCAAGUCUGGAAGCGCCCGCCGAGAUCUACGAACUGACCAAAGAUAAGAGCGAGAAGAGGGACAGGCGAAUCUACAAUACUUUCCUGUUCGACCUCUGUAAGGAGACCAUCGUGGAGGUGUAUCGGGCGGAGUACGAGAAGCCCGGGCCGAGUUGGACGAAGCCGAACGUGAAGAUAAAGCCCACGAUGAAGAUCCCGAAGAACGUCGAGGAGCUGAUCGAGUACGUGAAUAAGGAGGUCGCCACGCUGUUCGGUUUCAAGACGAAGCUGCAGCGCGAAAAUAUGGUGAUGCGGUGGAGCAGGAAGCGUAGGGACAGGGUCGACGAGUUGCUGGCGAGAGAGGCCCAGGCCGAGGAGGACGAGUGGACCAAGUUUCAUCACGACGAGCUGGCGGUGAAGAACGGACUCACGGUAGCCAUACUGGACACCCUCGUGAUGGAGACUGCGACCGUGAUGAAAAUAGCCUACGGUAAGAAGAGGAGAAUGAUGGCGUAGCAGUUCGUUAACUUUCGCGUCUGAAUAGCGGCACUAUCUUGCGGUUCAUUGUUAAUUAAGACGAGCGAAAGAGUGAAGGAUAUCCUCUCAGUCAAUGUUUCCUCAGGACUGCGUUUCCAUUCGCACUUUUGUCCACUAGUACCUUAAGCGUAACGUAUAGGCUGGUUCCUAUUUAUUUGUUAACUAUGCAAUUUGUUGUUCUUCUUUCUUUUCACAUUACUCAAGCUCUGGCGCGCGUGAAUGUUCAAGUAGACAAACCACGGUGAUGCAUGUAUGACUGAAAGAACGGAGAGAGAAAGAGAGAAUAUAGAAAUGUAAUUAACACUAGCCAUUCACAAUUUGAUAAUCAAAUGCCCUAGGUCAGUUUUAAAAUUGAUUUUUGUUAACGGCGAGUUUAACGAGUUUCUAGCGUUUAACGACGAUUAUACAUAUGUUAUAUCAUAGGGCUAUCAUAGAAAAAGUAACGUAAGACACGCGAUACCCUAUGUUUCUACGAGAAUGACAAAUAAUAAUCAUCGAAUAUUACGGAGCGUUUCGUUCAAUUUAACAUGCGCCGAAUUUUAUCGGAUCAAUAGAAUCAGAAGUACGAUCUCUCGUUACGCGAGUUUGAUACUUUGCUUCUUCAUCAGCUGUAAUUUAUCGAGAUUGCACAAUGUGUCGUCCCAACGAUUAUACAAACGAUAAUUGUACAGCCGCGUCGCAUCGUAAUUGAACGAAACGUUUCCCGGAUUGCCGUGUAUCGUGUUUUAACGAAAUGUAGUAGAAUAUAAGUAGCGUUUCAAUAAGUCACGUUGGACAGCAGUCACAUGCUCAAUUACUUGUAAAGAAAUUAACAAAAUUUAAAACGGAAAGACUGACAUUUCGGGGCCAUUUUGAUCGAAAUUAUGAAACCGUUGAAAGAAAUACGUAGAUGGAGAUUGUAGCCGGCAAUACAGGGUGAGGCGCAUAAACAUUUCAUCUCGGAGAUUAUUUUCUCUCUGUUAAUACCUCCAGGCAUUUUAAACCGCGUCUUAUGUGCUUCUCUCCUGCAUAUUGGUUUUCGCGAGGUAGACUAGUUUUUCUUUUUAAUUAAACCGCGUACACAGGCCCUGUAAUCAUACAGAAUACAGUCAAGAUUGAGUCCUAUAUACAGUCAUUACAUUUACUCUUGUUAUCGACGAAACUACCUUUGUUGAUGGACUGAUAAUCGAUCAAUAUGCGUUUUAGUUCAGUCGCGUCCGAUCGCUGCGAUUCCGUUUCACUCGUGUAACUUUACGUUCGUGGUUGUGAUGUAAACGUUAAGACUCACGGGAAGCCGCGACGGUGGCACACGCAAAUCCGCAAUUCCUCGUCACUUUUUCUCGACAUCUCAGCCGUCGUUCAGCGAUACGCGGCGUUGAUGAUGUGCCCCGUCUCUGAAAUUCCUAUAUCGCUGUAAUGAAAAUGUAAAUACCGCAACGCUCAAGCGCUUUCGUAUAAUUUUAAUUAGAACGUAACUUUUACCGAAACUCCCACGUGCGGACCGCCCUGAAGAGUCUUUCUCCGUUUGCAGGGUACUCUUGUAGAGUUGUUCACAAAUGUCUUUACGUUAGCAAUUCUCGGCCGCGUCUGUAGUUGUUACAGAGAUUGUUCACGUAUGUAGUGUUGAAUAUGUACUUAACUAAGGUAUAUUUUAUAAUAAACUUUUUCUGAAAAGAGA